AUGACCGGUUACCUGCGUCGAGUCCUCGGGGCCUACCGAAACAUGCGUUCUCUGGCUGACUCUCAGCAGGGUUUCACCGCCACUCAGGAAGUAGUCGACACGCGACGCAAGUACAAGGAACUGAAGCGCGCCUGGAAAUUCACGUGCGACUACUGGUUCCUGGAGGUCCAAGAGGCCCUGGGCAAGGUGGAUGACGCUGAGUCCAAGUACAAAGUCGCGCUGGGCGAGCAGAAGACGCGGUAUCAAGACGAGAUUGAUUCUCUGGAGUCCGAGAAGGCGCAACUCAAGGCGCGCCUUGCUGACUCUGAGGCACAAGUGCGAAUCCUGAAAUCGCGUCUUGAGUCAGCCACGGGGACCCCUGGAAGUUCUCCGAUUUCCUUCAAGAGCACACAGACUUCACGGGUAAUUGGGAGCGCCUCCACGACCUCUUCAAGCUCUGCAUGA